AGUAUAAAUCAGUAAAGCGAUCUGCAGACUUGAAGGCAAUGACCAUGCUUGAGAUGAAAACCCGUGUUAAGGAUUUUAUUUCUCAUUUUGAAGAAGAUGCCAAAACACGUGAUUUUCAUUCAUGCAGUACAGGUUUGACUUCAGUAGAGUCUGGUGUCUCGCAGUAUGAUGACAUAUACAUGUCAGAGGAGAUUCCAGCAUUUCCUGGUCCUCUGUUGAGUGCCAAGAUGCAGAAAGACGAGCUGAUGAGGUUUAUCGAAAACAAGUGUCUGGAGUGUUUGCAAGACCUGGAUAAUCCUCAGACACAGAAAUCCUAUUUCUUCUGGUCAAUUUUAAAUCACAUAUGUAAAUGCAAUGGAAAAGUUAUGAUUGUUGAAAUUGCCCUGAUUCUCUUCAAGGGUUACAAGUUUUUGAGGAACAAGCUGCGACGUGUGGAGCGCCAGGAGGACUGGUGCAUUCCCCUAGCAAAUCUCUUAUGCACUAACGCUCCCAGAAAUGAGCACAGGAAAGCUAUUAUUAGCAUGGGAAAUCAGUUCGCCGCCAGAGGAUGGACAUAUGCAGCACACAUUUGCUAUGUGGUGGCGCACAUGGAGCUUGGAUCACGCCCGAUAUUUAAACUGAUUGGAUGUGACGGCAGAUUGCCAGACAGGAAAUCAGAUAUGAGGGAGGCAAUUGAAAGAACUGAGGUCUAUGAAUAUGCUCUGUCUCUAAACUCAGGGUUCGGCCAGGCAGAUUUCCAGGAGUUCAAGUACAUUCAUGCAUGUGAGCUGGCUAAGGCAGGAUUUGAUGAUCAGGCAUUGGAUUACUGCACAGUUAUUGCUAAAGAAAUCCUCAGAAUCAUUUCUUGCGUCCGAAGCGAUGCGUUGAAAAUGGUUAUAGCUCUCUCAGAGAAUUUGCUUGGAGGAAGGGAAGAACCAGAAUGGCUCAAAAAACUUCGCCAGCAGCUGGAAUACAGGGAAUUACAUUCUAGCUUUUCUGAUGAGCAGUCUAGCAAUUUCAAAGGAACUGCUUACCUGCAAUUUGACCCUUCAGAACACACUGAGUUUGAUUUAGAGUACACUGUGGGUGAGAUGCUAGGGAAAGGAGGCUUUGGCCAUGUCUACGCUGGAGUACGUAAUGCAGAUGGAAAAGAGGUUGCCAUUAAAGUUCUCCUCAAAGACAUUGAUGAUCAGUACAUCACCAUCCCUGGAGAAACACACAGCCUUCCUGUAGAGGUGGCACUAUUGGAAAUGGUAUCCAAGGCUCCUCAUUGCAGGAAUGUUGUAGAGCUUCUCGAAUGGUUUGAUGCGCCUGAUUACUUCAUCAUGAUACUGGAGCGCCCCAUUCCCUGCAUGAACCUAUAUCAAUUCUGCAAACAUAACAACUUUUGUUUGUCUGAACUAGUAGCUCGAGAGAUCUUUUGGCAGGUGGUUCAGGCCGCGUGUCACUGCUGUGAGAGAGGAGUUCUUCACCGUGACAUCAAACCAGAGAACAUUCUGAUCAAUCCAGAGACAUUGGUGGUGAAGCUUAUUGAUUUUGGCUGUGGAGAUUUGCUGAAGAAUGAGAUCUACACAUCCUAUUCAGGCACUCCAGGUUACUGGCCUCCUGAGUGGGUUCUCUACAAACAGUAUUAUGGUAUUCCAGCAACUGUCUGGAGUCUAGGUCUCCUCCUGUGUUUCUUGGUUUGUGGAAAUUUUCCUUUUAACAACAAUGAUGAGAUUGUUGAGGGGUAUCUUCAACUCCUUCCUGAUCUGUCUGAUAAGUGCCGUGAUCUGAUAACGUGCUGCUUGGAGAAAGAUGCUAGACAUCGGCCAACUUUUAAGAACAUCCAGGAUCACGAAUGGUUUCUGGACACUGUUGAGGCAAGCGAUGCAACUGAACUCGGUCAUCCAAGUGAUGUCAAAGCAAACGUGAUUCAUCAGACCAGGUCAUCUUUUUCCAUUGCUCCUGUUGGCACUUUCAGGGGUGGACAGAGGUCAGCAUGGGCACCCUGACUGUUCUGUGGCUAUGUAGCCCAGUAUGCAACAAACUGCGAUGCGCUGUGUAUUCUCACACCUUUUCAUCAGAACCAGCAUUAACUUCUUCAGCAAUUUGAAUGCCAAUAGCGCCUCUGCUGGAUCAGACCACAGAGGCCAGCCUUUGCUCUAUAUGUGCAUUGGCCUUGGCCACCUAUGACCCUGUCGACCAGGAACACGUUGCUGCAGUUUGGGAGAUCUCUGACCCAGUCGUCUAGCCAUCACAAUGUGACCCUUGUCAAACUCGCUUAAAUCCUAAUGCGUGCCCAUUUUUUCCACUUAUAGCACAUUAACUUUGAGGACAAAAUAUUUACUUGCUGCCUAAUAUAUCCCACCUACUGACAGGUGCCAUGAUUAAGAGACAAUCUGUGUGAUUAACUUCACCCGGCAGUGGUCAUAAUUUUAUGCCUAUGAUAUAAAAUCUAUACCCAUAAAAAAAUUAUUAAAAAAAUAUCUAAUAGAAAGCUAAAAAUCUAAAUAAGUUCUAAAAAAUCUACAAAUCUUAAAGCAUUUCAAACAAAACAUCCAACAAUACCUUGCUUUGCUGGACAUCCCUAUGCACAAAUUAUCUCUGUCAUCAGCACAAGGCCUCGGUGCACCACUACUGAAGCUUGAGGUCAUGCUGUGGCAGAUGUUUGCACUUAUAAGGGAUCAAAAUCUUCAAACUGUGGCUGACUAAAAAUAUAAUAAAAGGAACCAGAAUUUACAUGAUUCAGUUAAGGUCUGUGCAAAAAAAAUAUAUUUCAUUAAAAUUAUUUAAAAUAAUAAUAAUAAAAAUAAAAUUGAAUUCACUGCUCUAUCUGUUUCUGCUUUAUUUACACACAAUCCUUGUAAAAUAAAUAAUGAAUUAAUCAAUUACCUAAUCACUGAAAUAAAUGACACUAAAAUAUACAAAUAAAUUGAAUAGGAUUAUUUCCGACUACCACAGAUGUAAGAGGCAUUCCGAAGUAAACACUGAUUCUGAAGCAAUCAAAAUACAUUUUGUGCAAAACAUAUUGUGUAAAAACUAUGUAGUUUGCAAAAUUGAUAAAAACACUGCAUGCUAGGAGUCUGAAACAGGAAAUGUCUGUCAAAUAAAAGAGGUAGAAUUUCAGACAUCACAGAUCAUGCCUCUUUUUAUUGGGUUUAAACCUCACAU